CAGAUACAGCUGCUGUGAACCGCUGGAAAGCUCCUGGACUAGAAUCAUGAAACUGCAUCAACAACCAGAGGAGGCGAGGGCCGACAAGAAGAGUCUCAAGCCUCAGGUGGAGAGACGCAGAAGAGAGAGAAUGAACCGAAGCAUGGAGAGCCUGAAAUCUCUGCUGCUUCAGAAACAGGAGGAGACUCAACGCAGAGUGGAGAAAGCUGAGAUACUCGAGCGCACGGUCCUCUUCCUCCAGAGCACCGCCAGAGGAGACAGGUUGGGAUGUGGUGGAGCUCAGAGACACUCCUACCAAGACGGCGUCUCCUCCUGUCUGCAGCGAGUGGCUCAGUUCCUGGGGCCUCAGGGGAAAGGCCUGUGGCCCGGAGCGGCGCUGGACGCGUCCUUCUCUGCUCGCUUCGCCCGCUCGGACCCUGAACCCACAUGCGUCCAAAGCAACCCCGAGGUCCGGUCCCCCACCAGCUCCUCCAGCGCUCUGCUCCUAAGGAAGUCGUCCGUCUCUACUCUACGGAUGCUAGUAAACAGGUCCAGACUGUGCAAACCUGCUUUAAAUGUAGCUCAGACCCGAGUGGAAUCACAUCGGUUUCCCUCAACCCCCCCACAGGCCCACAAAGGGGCGAGUGGAGCCACCAAGCAGAGCCCGUCUCAAAGCAACCCGGCCAGCCAGGCUCUGUGGAGGCCGUGGCCCUGA